GAGUACUGCCUCCCCCCUCUAAGCCGACAUUGCUCGAAUAAGAACAUUUCUAAUGCGGUGUUUUCAGAAGACUCAUACCGAGAACCCUGCAGCGGAUUUCUGAUCUCUUCCCGUCACAUUCUUACAGCAGCACAUUGUGCAACAAAUUUUGACCACGACUUGGCGGAAUUGGAGUGUCUAGGAGGAAUAAGUGAUUACGAACCUUCGACAAGUGUGCCAAAGGAUUUCAUCGUUUAUGUCGGGACCCGUUGCAAUCCUCCCGAAAAUUGUAAAACGACAUACCCAGUGACCAAGGUUAUUCUCGAUAGCAAGUGGAAACGGUGCGUAAAAGGAAAGGACGAUGAAUUCAUGGUUAAUAAAAACGACUUUGCAAUCCUGGAACUGAAAAAUGAUGUCAGCACAAAGGAUGCCAUUCCAAUUUGUCUACCAAACAGUCAGACUGCAUUGGCAAAACAUCUUCAAGUAACCGGAAGUGGAUGGGAAAAAGAGAACUCGGAAAAUCCUGGCUACAAGGUCGCGACAGUUCCAACUAUCAAGGAAGACAAACGAGAAAUGAUCUUGGGAAAGAGUAACGAUACUUCUAUUUGCCCAGUGAGUAGC